AGACAAUAAGACAUACGAAGCUUUAAAACUCUAUUGUUUUGAAUGAUCACAAUGUCACAUAUCAAUACUUAUAUUCGAUCUAGAAGAUUUGGAAGAGUAUAGAUUUAAUUUGUUGGUUUAUGAAAAGAAAAACAGUAUUGGUGGAAGAAAGUAUUCAGAAGGGCAAAAUCGAUGACAUGUAGAUGUAGAUGGACAAGGCCUGAGUAUGUAUAUGUCAUUUAAAACCAAGCCCAAUUUAAGUUAAAUAAAUAGGCCCACUUUGGAAAAAUGACUGCUGACUAAAAAAUUAGGGUUACGAAAUAAACCCUAAACCCAGUUUCGACUUUGUUUGUUUUGUCCUCCUUCUACGCCGCACACUAUCUCUUCCUCUCUCUCAGACGAGAUUUCCUCUUCAUCUCAAGAGAAAUGGCUGAAUCCAAGGUAGUGGUUCCAGAGUCUGUGCUAAAGAAGAUCAAGAGGCAAGAGGAAUGGGCAUUGGCCAAGAAAGAUGAAGCUGUAGCUGCUAAGAAGAAGAGUGUUGAGGCCCGCAAGCUUAUCUUCAAGAGAGCUGAGCAGUAUGCCAAAGAAUACGCUGAGAAGGAUAACGAGUUGAUCCGAUUGAAGCGGGAGGCUAAGUUGAAAGGAGGUUUCUACGUUGACCCUGAGGCUAAGUUGCUCUUUAUCAUUCGUAUCCGUGGUAUCAAUGCCAUUGACCCAAAAACCAAGAAGAUUCUGCAGCUCCUGCGUUUGAGACAGAUCUUCAAUGGUGUGUUUCUUAAGGUGAACAAGGCAACAGUAAACAUGCUGCGCCGAGUUGAACCAUACGUGACUUACGGAUACCCAAACUUGAAGAGCGUUAAGGAACUGAUCUACAAAAGAGGUUAUGGAAAGCUGAACCACCAGAGGAUAGCACUUACUGACAACUCCAUUGUGGAUCAGGCUCUCGGAAAGCAUGGGAUCAUCUGCGUUGAGGAUCUCAUCCACGAGAUCAUGACUGUUGGACCUCACUUCAAGGAAGCCAACAACUUCCUGUGGCCAUUCCAAUUGAAGGCACCACUCGGUGGCCUUAAGAAGAAGAGAAACCACUACGUCGAAGGUGGUGAUGCUGGAAACAGGGAGAAUUUCAUCAACGAGCUUGUCAGGAGAAUGAAUUGAUGAAAGCUUCCUUCUUUAUCUUUGCAAAUUUCAAAGAUUUUGGGACCGAGUUUUUUUUUUUUUGUUCAAGUUAUCAGAGACUUGUGAUCUUUUAUCCGAGAUAGGCUUUUUAUGACUAAUCAUGUUAUUUUCCAAUGGCGGGCUUUUAAAUUGAUCUUGAAUUUUUAUUGGCUGUUAGAUUGUUCCUUCGAAGCCCACCAAUCCAUUAGAAAUAUCUGGUUUUGACCGGUUGAUUAAAUAAUUCCGGUCGAGCUGUAUCAAAGAUAGAAUGCUCUUAACCGGAAUCGUUGACUUCAAGAGUACAAGCUGUUCUCCAUUUUUUUAAAGAGAUUAUAUCGGUUGUGCGAAAUUGUCCAAAUUUUGUUUUUAUAGAUUGACCGAUCAAAUAUUGUAGCGG